CAUUAGCCUCCAAGCUAACAGAGUAAGCUAAGGCAUGCUAACAAGCUAACGCGGAUUAUCAGAUAGUGACGUCAUGGGCUGAGCUAUGAACUGCCUGGGAGCCCCACGGGCAAGGCGGCGAGGCGGCUUCCGGUCAGAGCGGUCAGUUCGUAACGCCAGGGCUGGAGGUCAGGUGUGUAAUCCACCUGGAGGAAGGUAGAAGUUGUGUGACGUGCGCAGUUGAGCUCAGGCAGCACAGAAGGGGCGGAGCCUUUUAGCAGCGUUGUGGCGUAAGCAGGUCGGGGAUCACAAGUUCAGCGCUCACCGGAUCGUGUUGGCGGCCUCCAUCCCGUACUUCCACGCCAUGUUCACCAACGACAUGGUGGAGUGUAAACAGGAUGAGAUCCUGAUGCAGGGCAUGGACCCCAGCGCUCUGGAGGCUCUGAUAAACUUCGCGUACAGCGGGCACGUCGCCAUCGACCAGCAGAACGUGCAGUCUCUCCUGAUUGGCUCGAGCUUCCUGCAGCUUCAGAAUGUCAAAGACGCCUGCUGCUCUUUCCUGCAGGAGAGGUUACACCCGAAGAACUGCCUCGGCGUGCGUCAGUUCGCCGAGACGAUGAUGUGCACGACGCUGUACGACUCGGCGAACAGCUUCCUGCACCAGCACUUUGUGGAGGUGUCGCUGUCGGAGGAGUUCCUGGGCCUCAGGACGGAGGAGCUGCUGGAGCUCGUCGGCUGCGACGAGCUCAACGUGAAGGCCGAAGAGCAGGUGUUCGAGGCGGUGCUGGCGUGGGUCCAUCACGACCAGGACCGCAGGGAGACGCUGCUGCCCGAGCUGCUGUCAAAGGUGCGACUUCCUCUGUGUCGACCCGAGUUCCUGUCGGACCGCGUCCAGCAGGAUGAGCUCAUACGCUGCUGCCACAAGUGCAGGGAUUUGGUGGAUGAAGCCAAGGAUUUCCACCUGAUGCCGGAGCGCCGCCCUCACCUGCCCACCUUUAAAACCAGGCAGAGGUGCUGCACGUCCAUCACAGGGCUCAUCUAUGCGGUGGGAGGCCUCAACAGCUCAGGUGACUCCUUAAAUGUCGUCGAGGUGUUCGAUCCAAUUGGAAACUUCUGGGAGCGCUGCCAGCCAAUGAGGACAGCUCGCAGCAGGGUGGGUGUGGCCGUCGUUAAUGGGCUGCUGUAUGCCAUUGGGGGAUACGACGGCCAAUCACGGCUCAGCACGGUGGAAGUUUACAACCCCGAGACGGACAGCUGGACGCGCGUGUCGAGCAUGAACAGCCAGCGCAGCGCCAUGGGAACGGUCGUGAUCGAUGGGCGGAUCUUUGUGUGCGGCGGCUACGAUGGAAAGUCGUCUCUGAACUCGGUGGAGUGCUACUCCCCGGAAGCAGACAGGUGGACUGUGGUGACAGAGAUGAGUGCGAGCCGCAGCGCCGCGGGCGUGACGGUUUUUGAUGGCCGGAUCGUUGUCUCGGGCGGCCAUGACGGUCUGCAGAUCUUCAACACAGUGGAGUACUACAACCACCACACUAACCGCUGGCACCCGGCGGCACCGAUGCUGAAUAAGCGAUGCCGUCAUGGGGCGGCGGCGCUCGGCAGCCACAUGUACGUGGCGGGGGGGUAUGAUGGCUCGGGCUUCCUGAGCGGCGCCGAGGUGUUCAGCUCAGCAUCUGGACAGUGGAGCCUCCUGGUGGCCAUGAACACGCGGCGCAGCAGGGUGUCCCUGGUGUCCACAUCGGGGCGUCUGUACGCCGUAGGCGGGUACGACGGACAAUCCAAUCUCAGCUCCGUGGAGAUGUACAACCCCGACACGAACCGCUGGUCCUUCAUGGCGCCCAUGGUGUGCCACGAGGGGGGCGUAGGCGUGGGCUGCAUCCCCUUGCAGCCCGCCUAAACCACCUAUCACAGCGCGAGGACUCGUGAUUUACUGACGGCGGCAGGCGGGAGCACACCCCGCGGCGGCGUCCCUGCAGCUUUAUCGGUACGAUGGCUGUGCUCAGGCUUGCAACACGACGCCGCACCUGCGGAAUCAUGGGAAAAACUGUAGAGCUAGCAGCAGAGGCUAGCUGCUAACGUUAUUCUGUUAGCGUGUGUGGAACGAUUGAUUACUGAUUAUUGAUUACUGAUUUCUUACUGGAUGGACACAAGCAACAGGAAGUGGCUUCCUCCCAAACAAACCAAGCUGCUGAUUCGGACAGGAAGUCCUUCCUUAACGGUUUCUCGAACUGUUUGUCGAUCAGCUGUAAUCGAUAGGAGCGAUCAAUACAAAACGCCAGCAACACAGGAGCCCCGCCCUCUGCAGGCUGCACAGGAAGCUCGUUUGAGGAGCGUGUUGCGCCCCCAGAGAUAUUAAUAAACUCAUUGUCACGUGACAAAACAUGGUUCUCCAGCUUUCCACAGGAAGUGAUGUCAUGUAGCGUGCAGUCGUUUCUUUCGCUGCGAUGCACGGGCGGGCUGCAGAUACCUACUGCUGCUCGGCUGAUGCAACGCUCGUCAAAGUGUCACCCAUACUGCAGGAACCAAUGAAGUCCGUGUGGUGGUUGCCCCGCCCCUCCAGGGCGAUUGGCUGGAUGGGGUGUGGCAUCUUUGUGCCAGCCGUGUUGGACACGCCCCCUCACUUAUCGACAUCUGCAUUUGCGUCAGCGGAUAAGCGAUGGAGCACGCUCAGUAGACAGAUGUAUGUUGAACAGCUGGAGGCGGAGUUUAGCGCACUCUGGGGGCAUCGCACUCUGAUUGGUCGCAGCCUGCAGAGAGCGGUCCAGUCGACCGUGUCAUUGAUCUCCGUGCUUAGAAUCCGUCAGUCACUGUUUACUUCCUGCUGAUCUCUGAUUGGACGCUCAGCCUCAUCAUCAGUGGGUUUUAUUUGUAUUGAUUAACUUAUGAUUGAUUUGUUUUGUUGUGGAUCAAUAAAGAGAAGUUUGGUUAA